AUGGGCGAUUUGAAGUUCUUUUUUGAUCCUAUUUCCCAACCAUCAAGAGCUGUAUGGAUAUUUUUAGAAGCUAAUCAAAUACCUUAUCAAUCUUGUGUUGUCGACAUUGCUAAAGGUGAACACAGGACAAAUGAAGAUUUCCUAAAAGUCAGUGCAAAUAAGACUGUACCUGCUAUUGAUGACAAUGGAUUCAAACUCUUUGAGAGUGCUGCCAUCAUGAAGUAUCUGGCUGCUAAACACAAUGUUCCUGAUCACUGGUAUCCAAAGGAUAUAGAAAAGCGAGCCAAAAUUGACGAGUAUCUUAGCUGGCUUCUGGCAAUCUUCGAAUGGGAGCUGCUGGAUACAUGUUUAGAAAGGAAGUAUCUGGCUGCUAAACCAAUGGUUCCUGAUCACUGGUAUCCAAAGGAUAUAGAAAAGCGAGCCAACAUUGAUGAGUAUCUUAGUGGCAUUCUGGCAAUCUUCGAAGGGAGCUGCUGGAUACAUGUUCGUAAAG